UUGAAAUUUGAAAUUUUGAAGCUUCCAUAGAAACUUCAUUUCUCUCUCUCUCUCUCCCCUUCUCUCCCCCGAUCUCCGACCAAAUCGGAUCAAUCUCCGGCGAAACAAGCACCGCAUGGGCACCGGAACCAGUCGAAUCGGGUCGGAACCUCCGCCGGUGCGGGUCAGCCGGAAUAACCGGUCCCGCUCUCGGGCUCGUCUUUCAUCUCUCCUUGUUUGCGGGUGUUCAUCUUCUGACGUGCGCGAUCGCGAGCAGAAGGAACAUUUCAUUGAUGUUAGAGCAAGUUCUUCAAAGGAAAUAAGACCUGUUGUGGAAAUUACUUCAGAGAGAAGUAGAGGAACAGAGAGGUUAAACUCAAAUACAGAAGCUGGAAGCUUGUCUCAAAUCAGUGCCUCGACCUCGACCUCCAGAUGUGUGUCAGUUCCCCAUGGUUUGGUGGGUGCUGAAAUUAGUAAAGGAGAGAUGUACUUGAAGAAUUAUGAGGAACUAGAUAACCCCAAUCGGAUUAGUGUUGAAAUUGAUCAUGGAUAUCCGACGGACAGAAGAGGUACUAUUGCCAGUACUUCCUUUAUAGAACAAUCUUCAGACUUUGUAAAUGCAUCGGUCAACAAGGAACCAAACGACAGAAUCGAAAAUCCAGUGAAUGAGCAGGGGCAUUCUUCUAGUGUAUGGUCAUCGAGACAUUCACUUUCGCAAGAGGCAAAUGAGGCCGUUUGCAGCCGUUCGUCAGUUGAUCUUGACGGAUUUGAUGUGGUGGAGGAUGCAAGUGUAGAAUCCAAUGUAAGACCUGUUGUGUCCAGUAGGGGACAGAAUGGGAUGGAUGAGAGAUCAUCUCAUGAUGGUCCAGUAUCUACAUCUUCCUACAUUUACUCUGAUCACCUUGAUAUCCGUAGUAACUCCAGAAUUUCAUCUUCUGCUGCAUCAUCAAGCACCCGCUCUGCAGUAAUGUCUGUGAAUCCUAACAGAGAUUUCUCAAGUGACAGUGGGAACGAUGCCUUAUCUCAGAAUAGGAGGCCAGCUGAUUUAAACGGGGGUCCUCCCUCUGGUCAGAUCGGGGUUAAUAAUCGGAGUGAACAAAGACAACACUCGAGAUCUGAGGUACCUCUUGUAAAACCCAUCAGUAGUAGUCUUUCUUUCAAUCUGGAAAAACAGAUCUGGGACAUUGUGUUUGGCAUCAAUGAGAACCAACGGCAAACUAACUCGUGCCCGUUUGGGGUCCAUCCUGGUGGUUCGUGCUCAUGUGAUUCAUUAUUGACUGGUGAAGAGUCUAGCAUUCACCUAAGCAUAUCACGCAUAGUGAUGCUUGCUGAAGCUCUGUUUGAGGUGUUGGAUGAGAUGCAGCCCCGAUCAGCCUACUUUUCAUUACCAUUAACUUCACAUGUAGCACCCGAAUCAGUUGUUGAAUCAUUCCCUCUCAGAGAAUACAUGAAGCCCAAGACAGCCGAGUCAACAGAUGAUGUACAACAGUGCUACAUAUGCCUCUCAGAGUACGAAGACGGGGACAAAAUACGUCUUCUUCCGUGUCACCAUGAGUAUCACAUGGCUUGUGUCGACAAAUGGCUCAAAGAGAUUCAUGGGGUCUGUCCGCUUUGCCGAGGAGAUGUGGCCGGUGGUGUGAGUGUGAAUGAGGGUUCAGACUCCAUGAACCCUUCUUCUUGACAGAACUGUACAUAUGGUAAUAUGUAUAUAAGCGACAAGCAGACAUGUACAUAUAUGCAUACAAAUAUGAUUGGUGGCAUUUUAGAAGACAGAACAGAGUUUCCUGUUUGGGUCAGAAAGUAGUGGAAAUACUCCAAAAACAUUUGUAGUGAUAUGCUUCUUUUGUUCUGUCCUGUUUUGUUCUUCCUUUCAUUCUGUUACUACCACUGUCUCCUCACACACUAGAGAUACACAAAGAUGCGAUUGUUAAUA